AAUCUUGACGAUAAGUCAGUGUACCCACUACCCACUACCCAGUAGUCACCCAUCGAUGGCUGCGAACAGAAGAUAAGACUAUUAUAAGGACUCUCUCGGUCUCUCCUUUCGCCCACUCAAAAUUUCUGUUGCUGAGAUCGAAUAGAGAUAGAUACAAGAAAUUGAUAAAUUCAAAGUGAAACUCAGUUCAAAAAGCGUUAUCUGGUUUUUUGGAAAAUGGGUUCAUCGAAAACACUGAGGAAAUUGCAGGUUGUGUCACCUGUCCCUGCAGACAUCGACAUUGCCAACUCGGUUGAACCUUUCCACAUAUCAGAGAUUGCGCAGCAGCUCAAUCUCAGCAGCAACCACUAUGAUCUCUACGGAAAAUACAAGGCCAAGGUCCUUCUGUCUGUGCUCGAUGAGCUUCAAGGAUCUGGAGAUGGGUACUAUGUUGUGGUUGGAGGCAUCACUCCUACCCCUCUUGGAGAAGGCAAGUCUACUACUACAGUCGGUCUUUGUCAAGCAUUGGGAGCUUUUCUUGAUAAAAAGGUUGUUACCUGCCUUCGUCAACCAUCUCAAGGACCAACCUUUGGGAUCAAAGGAGGUGCUGCGGGUGGUGGUUACAGUCAAGUGAUCCCAAUGGAUGAGUUUAAUCUACACUUAACAGGAGAUAUCCAUGCAAUUACUGCAGCUAAUAAUCUUUUGGCAGCUGCCAUUGAUACUAGGAUUUUCCAUGAAGCAACUCAAUCAGAUAAGGCCCUUUUAAACAGGUUAUGCCCACCUAAGAAAGAAGGAGAAAGGAGUUUUGCAGACAUCAUGUUUAGACGCCUCAAGAAGCUUGGUAUCUCAAAGAACAACCCUAAUGAUCUUACUCCAGAAGAAGUCAAGAAGUUUGUGAGACUGGAUAUUGAUCCUGAAUCCAUCACCUGGAGGAGAGUUAUGGAUGUAAAUGAUCGUUUCCUCAGGAAGAUUACCAUUGGACAAGGUCCCGAAGAAAAAGGAAUGGUGAGAGAAACAGGCUUUGACAUAUCAGUUGCUAGUGAGAUCAUGGCAGUGCUGGCCCUGACAACAUCCCUGUCUGAUAUGAGAGAGAGACUAGGAAAAAUGGUGAUUGGGAAUAGCAAGGGUGGUGAACCAAUAACAGCAGAUGAUCUCGGUGUUGGAGGUGCCUUGACUGUGCUGAUGAAAGAUGCCAUCAACCCUACACUGAUGCAGACUCUUGAGGGGACUCCAGUUCUUGUACAUGCUGGACCUUUUGCCAAUAUUGCUCAUGGGAAUUCUUCCAUUGUAGCUGAUAAGAUCGCACUGAAACUGGUAGGACCUGGUGGUUUUGUAGUCACAGAGGCAGGUUUUGGUGCAGAUAUUGGCACAGAGAAAUUUAUGAACAUAAAAUGCCGGUACAGUGGUUUAGUACCUCAGUGUGCUGUUAUUGUGGCAACAAUUAGGGCCCUGAAAAUGCAUGGUGGAGGGCCUGAGGUGGUAGCUGGGAAGCCUCUGGACCGUGCCUACUUAUCUGAAAAUGUAGCUCUUGUGGAAGCUGGCUGUGUGAAUUUGGCCAGGCAUAUCAUCAACACAAAGGCUUAUGGAGUGAAUGUUGUGGUUGCUGUGAACAUGUUCUCAACUGACACUGAAGCAGAACUGAAUGCAGUAAGAACUGCAGCGUUGGCUGCUGGUGCAUUUGAUGCCAUUGUUUGCACUCAUCACGCCCAUGGUGGAAAGGGAGCAGUUGAUCUAGGCAUCGCUGUUCAAAGAGCAUGUGAGAAUGUGACACAGCCAUUGAAGUUUUUAUACCCAUUGGACAUUAGUAUCAAAGAGAAAAUAGAGGCAAUAGCAAGGUCCUAUGGUGCUAGCGGUGUUGAAUACUCAAAGCAGGCUGAGAAGCAGAUUGAGAUGUACAGCAGGCAGGGAUUUUCUGGUCUACCCAUUUGCAUGGCAAAAACCCAGUACUCUUUCUCGCACAUCCCAUCUGAGAAGGGAGCUCCUGUUGGAUUUGUAUUGCCCAUCAGGGAUGUCAGGGCCAGCAUUGGAGCUGGGUUCAUCUAUCCCCUUGUUGGGACCAUGAGUACCAUGCCUGGGCUCCCAACCCGACCUUGCUUUUUUGACAUAGAUGUUGACACCACCACUGGAAGGGUCCUUGGCCUUUCUUGAAGAACUAGGAGAUCAUUUUCUUUUCUGUACUGUUGCAUUCCUAAUCCAUAUUUGCAUGAAGGCUGGUGGGUAUUCUUCUCUUGUGAGUUGACUCCUUAGCGAAGCCUUUUUCUCUCACUUUGUUAGGACAAAUGGUAUGAGAAAGGCUGGAUAGAAGUUCUCUGUCAUGCUCUUCAAAUGUUUGUCGUCAUUGCAACCCCAUGUGGUUUGUGCUCCGUAUCAGAUGCAUAACAUAAACUAAGAAUAAAAAUUAUAUAUGUAAUUGUUUUUGUUGCCAUUCCAGGAUGUGAA